AAAAGAGUAGACAUGUGAUGGCAGUGACCGCAGACCCCACCCAAUCCACUCCUGAUCUCUUCCCCACCCCUGGAUGGAUUCCAGGUCCCCCACACUAUGCUCAACCCCCAGUUUACCCACAGGGUCCACCACAAUGGCAGCAAAACAACGGGGGGGGUUAUGGGAGAGGGAGAGGCGGCGGGAGACCAGGGAGGGGGCGGGGAGGCCCGCCCCGAGGGGGAGCUCAGGGAGCCUGUUUUGUCUGUGGUCAGAUGGGACACUGGUCUAGGGAGUGCCCGCAGAAGGGGGGUCAGCCACAAGGGGGAAGGGGAUAUACAUGGACAAUACAUACUUUCCCCCACCUUUGACACCCCCUAUGCUGACAUUUACUGGGCUAUGUUGUCUCCUGAAGGCCCGGACUCUGGAGGUAUCCUUCAGCAGUUCUUCCUAUGGAAGCCCUGGAUCUCUCAGGUUGCUCCUUUCGUCCCUCCCCCAGACCCACCGCAUGUUACCCUAAAGUAUGAUAUCCACUCUGAUCUCUGUUAUCAAGACGCCUUUGACGCCAUAGCAGACACCAGAUGGGAAAUUCACACCCAAAAUAUUUUUGUGGGGCCUGAGGGCGUAGCCGCCCCGGUCCAACUAACCCCUGAACAGUUGCCAUGGUUUGUCAUGACUGAGGAAUCUGCCCCACAUGUCUCACUCGCCCUACACCCAGGUUACGAUACCAAAUCACUAGGCCCUAUGGUAAAAACAGCCUUAGCGGCCACAGAUUGGACGAUUACACCACUUCCCCAGGUCCAUCUCUCUCCCCAGACUAAAACUUACUGCAUUUCCUGUGAGGGCCAUGACACUGCGUUCCUUCAACAUGACCUUAUCACUAGACACCAUGGUAGGGAGAGAACUGAUCACCAGGAUGCUAAGCCAAUGUUGGACAGCCUUCCAACCACACUUUGGUCACAAACCCCAACUGAUGUAGGUCUGGUACAGUGUGCUCCCCUCACAUUUGAGCUAAAACCCUCGGCACCGGUAUGGAUACCUCAGUACGCAUGCUCUAGGGAAAAACAGUUAGGUAUUGCAGAUACAGUGCGUGGUUUGAUUGAUGCAGGGGUGUUAGAGCCCUCUCGUUCCCAGUGGAACACACCCAUUCUCCCAGUCUUGAAAGCAGAAACAGGAAAAUAUAGAAUGGUUCAUGAUCUGCGCGCCAUCAAUGGGCUCAUCGUAGACAUCACACUCACAGUACCCAACCCACAUGUUGCUCUCGCGGACAUAGGGCCACAACACCACUGGUACACAGUCUUAGAUCUCUCCAAUGCUUUUUUCUACCUCCCAUUGGCAGAGCACCUGCGUGACAUCUUCUCAUUUACAUACAUGGGUCGUUCCAUGCGUUACACACGUCUACCUCAAGGGUUCAAGCUCUCACCAGGCCUGUUUAACAAGGUUCUUAAAGCCUCACUGGCAGACUGCACUCUGCCACCUGAUACUGUGUUGGUUCAAUAUGUAGAUGAUCUCCUCAUAGCUGCUCCAACUGCCGUUGCCUGCCUACAAGCCACCAAAGAUGUUUUAACUACCCUGGCUAGGGAAGGUUACAAAGUAAGCAGGAAGAAAAUACAGGUCUGUAGAAGGGAAGUCACCUUUCUAGGAAGAAUUCUCUCAGCUAGUGGUGUAGGUGUCUCCCCAGCACACAGAUCAGCCAUUUUGUCUCACCCUACACCGUACACUGUAAAAGACAUGCUGUCCUUCUUAGGGUUAACAGGAUACAGUAAAUCCUACGUGCCAGGAUAUGUUGACCUAACAGAUCCCCUUCGUGCUAUGGUUCGCCAACAGGGUAUGCGCAAUCUGUCCUCAGCACUAGUCUGGACACAAGAAGGCACAGAAGCAUUCGUUAGACUAAAACAGUCCCUCGCCGCAGCUGCAAAUUUGGCCUGCCCAGACUAUGCUCUCCCAUUCCAUUUGGAUGUUUCUGAAACAAAACAUGCAACAAACGGGGUUUUGUUUCAGAAAAAAGGGGGUAUCAGAGUAGUGUUGUCAUACAUGAGUAUUCCAUUUGAGCAAAUCGAAAAACGCCAACCAGCAUGCACACAGCACGCGGCAGGGGUAGCAAAAUGCAUCCAAAAAUCAUCACACAUUGUCAUGGGACAUCCACUGAUAAUACUGACCUCUCACAGCAUAGUGUCCUUCGUCAACUCAGCCAUGUUCUCGCUCACCCCAACCAGACAAAGAAGAAUCAGCAAAGUCUUACAGGCCCCGAACUUAACUUUUACACAUGAAGGCAUCAAUAUGGCAGAUCAAAUGGGGGAAGGGGAACCACAUGAGUGUGAGGACAAAACCAGGAAAGUGGAAAAAGUCAGGCCUGACCUAGCUGCACAACCAUUAGAGGAAGGAAGAGUGCUAUUCACAGAUGGGUGCUGCUUCAGACAUGAGACAGAGGGACUGAAAGCAGCAUACGCAGUAGUAGAGGACACAGGAGAGGAAGUGAAAACGCUAGAGGCAGAAAGGAUGCAGGGCGCACAAUCAGCACAAAGAGCAGAGGUAAAAGCCCUCAUUAGAGGUUUGGAGAUAGGGGAAGGACAACUAGUGACCAUCUACUCUGAUUCAGCUUAUGCAAUAGGGGCAGCUCACCUUGAACUACCACAAUGGCAGAGGGCUGGGUUUUUAACAGCGGGAGGAAAACCUAUCAAACAUGAGGAGGAAAUGAGAAGGCUAGCAAAAGCAAUCCUCCUACCAGCCAAGGUAGCAAUAGUCAAGUGCAAAGGUCAUAGCAACACCCAAGACGGCGUGAGCAAAGGAAAUGAAGCAGCCGACUGUGCUGCAAAAACCGCAGCAGGAUAUCAUGCACAUCAACUGGUGGUAACCACAGACCUAGAGAAAAGAGCUGAGCUUAACAGAGAAACAAUCAUUGAAUUACAAGCACUAGCAUCCCCUCAAGAAAAAACAGUGUGGAAAAGCCGGGGAGCCACACAAAAUGAAGGACUGUGGCGAGGCCCAGAUGGCAGACCCAUUCUGCCCCCAGGGGCGAGGGAAACAGCCUUGGAAGAGGCUCAUGGGGUAGGACAUGUAGGGGUUAGCCAGAUGCUAAGAAAUCUACAACACUGGUGGCAUCCAUUUAUGAAACCCAUGGUUGAACAGGUCACCAAGACCUGCCCAGAAUGCCAAGCAUUUAACCCCAGGUCAGCAGUAAAACCAGAAGGGGGACACUAUCCCCUAGAAACCAUGGCGGGAAAAGAAAUUGUGAUUGAUUAUACUGACAUGAUUGACAAAGUACAGGGCUGCAGGUAUAUGUUAGUAUGUGUGGACACGUACACAGGAUGGCCAGAAGCUGUCCCAGCAAAACACGAAGAUGCCCAAACAGUAAUAAAGUUCCUGAUCAAUCAGUACAUUCCCCAACAUGGCUUCCCUGAACGAGUGAAAUCAGACAAUGGCUCACAUUUCAGGAACAAGGACCUGCAAAAAGUGGAAGACAUGCUGGGACUAAAACACAAGUUUGGCUCAGUGUAUCAUCCACAGUCUCAGGGUAAGGUGGAAAGAAUGAAUUUGACCCUAAAAAACAAAAUUGCCAAAAUCUGCAGCAAAACAGGAAUGAAAUGGGUGCAAGCCCUGCCUCUAGCUCUCAUGUCAGUUAGAAUGUCUGUUAACAGCAGGACAGGGUUCUCUCCAUAUGAACUACAAACAGGGAGGUGUUUUCCAGGACCAUGGUCACAACUUCCACUCACUGACUCUCCCUCCACUACCAUCUCUCAUAAAGUUUUUUUUCGCCAGCUACAAGGCACAGUCUCUCUGUUUUCUAGACAGGUAGCUGCGGUAAACCAGGACGCAGAACCAAAACCAGCGCCUGACGCCGAGUGGGUGUUGUUGAAAGUAAUCAAAAGGAAGUGGUCUGCACCUCGGUGGUUGGGGCCAUUUAGAGUGACUGCACGAACCUCCCACGCAGUGCAACUCGGAGGGAAAGGUAAACAGUGGUACCACUGGAGCCAGUGUGCUGCCACACAGGAGCCAGGGCGCUCCACCAAAGAAGUAGCCAGGGAUCUGGCUGCCAGUGCGGAGGGCUCUCCGCCAGACACUAGGGAAAAAGAGGCAGAAUAAUCCUCUCCAGUGUCCAACAAGGUCCAGGGUAGUCUACCCCUGUGACCUGAAGAAGAGAAUCACCUGAGAGAAAGGUGAAAUAAGCGCUUUCUCUCCUACAUGUAGCGUGCCAAGCUACCACCGAGCGCCAAUAAUACCUUCUUAUCGCAUCAUCGUGUGUUAUUCAUGUUUUACAUUGUAUACUACUCUAUCUAGCUGAAAAUUGCAUGAGUUUUCUGAACGGGGUCCAAGCAUAGAGGGUUGUAACCUUACUUAUAAAGCGGUGCUGUUAUAAGGAACUUGAGACUAGAAGACCGUUCGGAGAAAAGUUAAGCUUGCAUUCCUAUAGCAUUGAAAGGACUAAUGUGCCUUAAGGUACUAGUAACCGUUAUCUGUAUCCUUAUUGUUAAUGGAGUUACGAUGCAGAUAAGGUGAAUGUUGUUGACUCACUUAGGUGAGUCAAAAAGGGGGUGUUUGAACUUUUUCUUUUCAGGUUGUUUUUCGCUUUGUUGACAUGCUUUAUUGAAACAAAUGUUUGAUAUGUUGACCUUAUUCUCAUUAGAAGUGAUGUGUGAAACCUUAUUGAAUCAGGAUGGGCAGAUGAACUAUAAUCAACUCUUAACUAGCUUAUCAUCAAAGAAUGAUUUUACAAAAUAUUAUGAAAUGUUUAUUACCUAGAUGUGGAUUCUCUAUUUUCUAUCUUGUUUCCUUGAUCUCUUUCCUCUGAGUUGGUUGAACUCUAGUAGAGUUCAAAAGGGGGAAUUGUGGAAUAUAAUACAUCAAAUAUUCUUAUAUACUUCAGUUUUAUUAUAUAUACUUCAGUUCCUAUAUGUUGCUCCCACUUAAUUGCAUGCACACAUAUCUCUUCUCUUCAUCUAUUACAGGAUGUAACAACAGGAUGUAGCAACAGGGGGUCCGAGCAGGGAAGUAUCAUAAAACUGGUUUGAAGUAGGUUAAAGAACAUGUCGUGCCCUUUUGACCCGAGCCUCAACAUAUGGGUGUAGCCUAUAAUGUAUGUGUGUGUGUUUGAACCCCAAUAAAAAGGGCGGUAAGAGGAAGAGAGAUCAGAACUCACUUGGAUAGGGCAGGCUGCGGAGCCUGUAAGAAGAAGUGUUGUUCUCCUUCAGCUGAAGCCUAUUGUGUGUUUAACUUACUGUGUCUGUGAAGUUAUUACUAUCUAUUACAGUGAAGAAGUCCUCACCUGGGAGUGCACCUUAGAAGC